AUGGACAGUGAUGAAGAUGAGGGAAACUUCGCCAGACAAGGAGGUCAGGCAAUAGAUCUAGAAGGCGACUUCGAUAGUGAGGAAGAGGUUGAUGAUGAGAUGGAUGAUGAUGACGAUGAAAUGCCACAACCCCAAUAAUAGGUAUAACAAUAACCACCAAGAUAACAACCGCCAAAGCAAUAGCCAUAGUAAAAGGGUCCAUCUCCAGGAAAAAAGCCAGGAGAUGUUAAGGGUUAAGUAGUUGACAACCAACCAUUUGAUCUUGCAGUAGAAGUAAAUGAUAGUGAAGAAAUCGAUUCAGAUGAAGAAGGCGACGAAGUUCACGUUGGAGGACCUUAAUAAUAAUAGUAAUAAUAACAAUAAAAGUAGAAUCAAUAGCCUGCUGCAUUACAGAAAAAAUAAGUUAACGAGGAUGACGACGACGAUGAGGAGGAAAAGGCUGCUCCAGGAGCUUACAAUCCAGCAGAGUAUGCUAAUCUAUAAGUGAGCAGUGAAGUUAAGGAUUUAUUCGAAUACAUUCAACGUUACAAACCUUAAAAAAUAGAUCUUGAUACUAAAUUAAAACCCUUCAUUCCAGAGUACAUUCCCUGUGUUGGUGAGGUCGAUUCAUUCUUGAAAAUGCCAAAGCCAGAUGGAACUAAAGAAGAUCUUGGUAUUAUCGUCUUAGAUGAACCAUCACUAAAUCAUGAAGACAAGACUGUUAUUGAAUUGAGAUACAUUCAGGAAAGAAAUGUAGUCAGAGCAACUCCAAUGAACGUCGAGUCAAUUGAACAUGCUGAUAAAAAGCCUAAGGAAAUCUCACGCUGGAUAAAGAGCGUCUAAGAUUUACAUAAGACUAGACCACCUCCAACUGUCAACUAUACUAAAUAGAUGCCAGAUAUUGAAACUCUCAUGCAAGAAUGGAGCCCUGAUAUGGAACAAGCAUUAAGAGAGAUUCCCUUCCCAGGUCCAGAUAUUGACAUGCACCCUUCAGACUAUGCAAGACUCAUUUGCUCUAUGGUUGAUAUCCCAUGCCAUAAACUUGCAAAUAAUAAAUCGGUCGUUGAAAGCUUGCAUGUUCUUUUCACCCUCUUUUCAGAAUUCAGAUCUAACUAGCAUUUCUAGAACUAAAAUCAAGAUGGUAUGGCCGGUGGAGAUAUUGGCACAUUUUGA